AGGGGGCGGAGCUCCGCGCUCCGGGAUUUAGGGACCCUGCCCCGGCCCGCCCACGCCUCUUAGAGCCCUGCCCGGCGACGGCAGCGAAAGCAGCAUCGCCGGAGGAGCGGCGACGGCGGCGGCACCGCUUCCUCCACCUCCUCGGGUGCCCAGAAAGGCCGCACUUGGCAGCGUCCAUGCGGGCCCGUGUUGGGGACGGCAGGUUAGUGACGAGUCGCGUUGGCCGGGUGGGGGGGGCGGGCAGGAGACGGAGACCCCCCCAAAGCCCCCCAGGACCCUCGCCAACGCCUCGGGCUGGCAGGGCGCACAGCGGCCGGGGAGAAGGGCUGCUGCGCAAAGCUGGGAGGGGGCGCGCUGCUGGUUUUUCCAAAGGGGGGAAAAACCCCCACCCCCACCCCCACCCCACGGGCUCCCGACCCCCACCCCUCAAUCCCAGGGCCUGGAUCCAUUCCUCAACGUGCUCGGGACAGGCGGGAUCAAACUUCCCAGCAAGUCCAGUUGGGCACUGGGCGCUGCUGCUGCUUGCACCCACGUUGGCGUUGCGAUAAAAGCCACGGCUUGGUGGCUUUGGGGGUGUCCCCACCGCCCCCUCCGCCUUUGAAAGCUUUGCCAAAGGCGGCUCUGCUCUGGUUGUCUCCCUCGCGCAUUCUUCCGAGAAAGGGGCGCUUCCAGGUUUUGGGGGUGGGAUUGGAAAGCGUGCCGGCGAAGUCGGGUUGCGCAAUGGGAAGUUUCCCCGAAGAUGGGAUUUCUUGCCGUAAGGAAAGUGGCGGGCGGGGGGGGCGGGGAGGAUCGCAGCGGAACUUGGAGGCGACGUCGUCUAAAGUCCCCGCCAACGAAUGCUCGUGAAAUACCCUGCGUCGUCUAAGCACCCAUGAGGAUAAGCCCUGGGGAUUUCUGACCAUUACAGCCUUUUUGAAAUUAGGCAGCCACCAAAGUAAGGUAAAGGGACCCCUGACCAUUAGGUCCAGUCGUGACCGACUCUGGGGUUGCGGCGCUCAUCUCGCUUUAUUGGCCAAGGGAGCCGGCGUCCAGCUUCCGGGUCAUGUGGCCAGCAUGACUAAGCCGCUUCUGGCGAACCAGAGCAGCGCACGGAAACGCCGUUUACCUUCCCGCCAGAGCGGUACCUAUUUAUCUACUUGCACGUUGAUGUGCUUUCGAACUGCUAGGUUGGCAGGAGCAGGGACUGAGCAAUAAGAGCUCACCCCGUCACGGGGAUUCGAACCGCCGACCUUCUGAUCGGCAAGUCCUAGGCUCUGUUGUUUUAACCCACAGCGCCACCCACGUCCCUAGCCACCAAAGUAGAUGCUUCAAAAACAAAAGUAGGGGUGGGGUGGAUCUGGGCGUGCUUAAAGAAGGCUCCACUGUAUGCCUUGGGUCUUAAUUUGCUUCGCUUUUGUGGGAAGGGGCAUCAGCCAAGUUUUCUCCACAAGGUUGCCAAAUUCCAUCAAGCCCACCCUUUCAUUCUCCUGCCUGUUUUUCACCACUUUGAAGUACAGUCAAUAUAAUUAAGCCCCUCUUGUUUAUUCUGCCCUGGUAACAGAUGCCCCCCCCCUACAUUUGUGAAGAAAAGCAAGGGCAGAUUUUUGUUUAGGACCCAAAAAGGCCCCACCUGGCCCUCUGCUCAUCCAUGAGCAGCAGGGAAAAGGCAGUCAUAUAGACCACCUUCUUUUGAUUUAUUUCCUAAGUACCCCAGUUGUUCUCUGAGAAAUGACAUCACCUUGCUGUUCUAUUGUUGAUUCCCAUGCAAUUAAACACUGAUUCUGACCCCUGUCUUACAGGAGGCGGGUGCGGGGUGGGGGUUGCCAACUUUUCACCUGGCCUCUCUAACUCUGCCUUCCACAGCCACCAGAUGUGCAGAUAUUAGCAGGUGAUGAAGUCUGUCCUAUGUGAAAGGCUUCCCCUACUGAUUUCUGCACAUCACAAUGCUGUCAAAAGCACAGUUCUCCGUGUGUGUGUGUGUGUGUCUGUUUGCUGCCCUGGAUGGACGGCUGACUGAGCUGUUGCAGAGCAGGCAGAGAGUCUGCUGAUUGAUUCUGUAAAUAAAAAUAAAUAAAAUGAUUAAAAUUUUAUUUUGUUCUGACCCCCUCCUUUGGCAUUCCUCACAGAACUCUAGCCCAAUAGUUGCCAUUAAUUUGAUUUGAACUGAUUUUAUAAUGAAAUGAUUUUAGAAUGUUGUAUUAUUUUACUGUUGUUAGCUGCUCUGAGCCCAGCUUCGGAUGGGGAGGGUGGGAUAUAAAUAAAUUUUUUUAUUAUUAUUAUUCACACAACCCCCUACCCCUCUGCUUUGAAAACAGCAGCACACAGAACUGGAAUUGGUAAGGUACCCCUGCCCGUACGGGCCAGUCGUGUCCGACUCUAGAGUUGUGCGCCCAUCUCACUUAAGAGGCCGGGGGCCAGCGCUGUCCGGAGACACUUCCGGGUCACGUGGCCAGCGUGAUGAAGCUGCUCUGGCGAACCGGCACCAGCGCAGCACACGGAAACGCUGUUUACCUUCCCGCUAUAAAGUGGUACCUAUUUAUCUAUUUGCACUUAGGGGUGCUUUCGAACUGCUAGGUGGGCAGGAGCCGGGACCGAAAGAUGGGAGCUCACCCCGCCGCGGGGAUUCGAACCGCCGACCAUGCGAUCAGCAAGCCCUAGGCACUGAGGUUUUACCCACAGCGCCACCCGCAUGCUGAAAAAUUCCACUCCCAUCCCACUAUCCUUUCCCCCCUUUCCCCAUUCCUUUGUUGCAGGAGCAAGUUGAUGUUAUUUGCUGAUAAUAUUUUUUUCCCUUUGUCCUUUCCUUCCCUCCCCCCCACUCCCUGACUGCUUCUUAUUACAACCACCACAGCUAAUACAGGACAGAACGCAUUGAGAAGAGUGAGAAAACUUUCCACCGCACCAGGAAGGUGACUCUGGAUGAUAAAAGAACCAAAUACGAUGGCUGCUCUGGAAGAUUCUGUUGGACCGCAACGUUACCGAGACUAGAGGCCUUUGGGUUACUUGCGCAAAUGUCCUCCUAAUCCUCACGGCGAAAUCGUGUCCCCGGCCUCCUUUUUUUGACACGGCUGUGCGGGGCGGGGAGCUAUGACUGGGAAAAUGGCAUCUAGCCUUACUUGUACUGGGGUAGUAUGGGCUUUUUUCUCCUUCCUCUGUGCCGGAGUCUCCUGCGUGGGCUUCUUCAUGCCUUACUGGCUUCUGGGCUCUCAGCUGGAGAAAUCGGUGUCCUUUGGCACUUUCCGGAGAUGCUCCUAUCCAGUACGAGACGAGAACCUCCAGAUCACGGUGAUGGUGGAACAGUGUGGACGCUAUGCAUCCUUCCAGGCCAUCCCAAGUGUGGAGUGGAGGAUCUGCACGGUGGUGACAGGUCUGGGCUGCGGUCUCCUCCUCCUGGUGGCCCUUACGGCACUCAUGGGAUGCUGCGUGUCAGAGCUUAUCUCCAGGACUGUGGGCAGGGUAGCUGGAGGACUCCAGUUCUUGGGCGGUGAGUAACAGUGAACUUUUGACCACGGAACCCGCCUUUCCGCCAGUACAGAAAACAGUGCCUAUGUUGUUCUCCUUGCGGAAUUGUCUUUGCGGCUUGAAUAUAUUUGUACGCUAAGUUUUCUGCCGGAUCCGACAUUUGCACUCGGUUAGGAAUGGGAAAGGCUGAUCUCAGCACAUCUCGAUUUCUAAACAUUCAAACGAGCAAGUGUGCUGCUUUUACAGUAUUGUAUUUAUUUAUUUUUUACAAUAUGGAAGAACGGAGCUGUUUCAGAGCUAGUCCUAAACUACGGCUCAUGAAGUGGCAGAUUCCUUUUUUCCGCCAUUACAGUACGUACAGGAAAAGGGUAUUUGACUGGUCGCCCAGUCCUAAUGUUUGUUUGGAAGAAAGCCCUAUUGAUUUUAAUGAGGCAAGCAAGCAGCAUGAUUGUAUCCACAUUUUACUGGGAAAUAAGGUCCUCUGUGUUUUAUUAGGACUUUUUGCUCUCAGUCAGGUUCAUGUGUAGAAUUGCAGACUUCCUUACUGGUAAACACAUAUUGGAUUGCAGCUCAUAUCAUGUUUGGUAGGUAGAUCCCGCAUAUUUUCCCUCUCCUUUUUAUUUUUUUUUAAAAGGGUCUUGGCUACUCGGUUUUACUCUUUCUGACCAUAUGGUUUUAAUUUUCGCUUUUCCUCUCUUUUUUUGUGGCAGCAGCACUCCCUACUUCUUUGUGUUCCUUCCACUCCACAACUGCUUCUAAUUCCAACCUCUGCAGCUGCUGUUGUGGAAGGAAAAACUUGAUCAAAAACUCCAAUUUCCCCUGUUCUUACGAUGUAGUUUUUGUGUUUGUGGUAAACUUGUGAUCCUGCAAUGGAGAAGAGUGAUUCUGGCUUCCUAACAGCUGCAUUGCUUCCACCUUAGCUAGCAUUCUUGAAGAUACCUAUCUUUACAGAAAACUCUGGGUUGCAGUUUGAGCACGGGGUGAACCAGGCCAGAGAGUACUAACAAAUGACAAUUGCAUUCUCAAAAGUACAGAGACAUGUUUCUGGCUGCUACUGGUGGUUCAUUUUCUUCACCAAUCCAAGCCUGAUUAAAGUGUAUGCAAAGUAGUCGUGGGGGAUGGCUGGAGGCAGAACAUUUUCUGCAUAAUCCCCCCUACUAUUAUUUUUCUGUAAUCUCUCCCCAUUUUUUAUUAUUUCGAAAUGAACUGGUAGAUAGCGGCAGCAUUUCCUUAGUGACAUUAAGAAAAUGAACACGGUAUAAGUCAAGAUGGACAACUGGAAUGGGUGCAGUACUAAUCAAAUCUAAAAUCAAAGUUGUAGUUCAGUUUUUUUGGUAACUGUCUAGAGGACGUGCCUAUAUUUAUGUCUACAGCUUCUCCAGCAGUUACCGGCAGUGGUUUUCAGUGCUGUCACUUUCCCUCUUAAAAUCUAAAUAAUGUCAGGGAAGUGUGUGCUAUUAGUUGUUGUGUCUUGAAAUAUUUACAAGUAAUUCUAAAAAUAGUUUCCAAGCAAGUCUUCAAAUUUCAUAAUAUUCAAACCACGCUAAGUGCAUUUUAUUGCACACACCCCCCCCCACAGUAUUUCCCUUCAGCUACUUUUGGCUUUGGGGUAUUGCUUCAGAUAGUAACACAGUAUAUAAAAUUCAAGACGGCAUGCAUUUUUAACUUUGUUUACAAAAUUUAAGUUGAAAAAAGGCUGUUAAAUUAGAUCUCUAUUCGAUUUAGGGCAGUGGAAAAAUCCACCAGGAGCCCCCUUACACUGGUGAAGACGCAAUGAAUGCCACAUCCGCAGUUGAAUAUUCUGUUUUGUGUAUGGCUUUACUUGCACUGAGCAUUGCCCUCAGUUGUAACAUAAAUUCCAUGUCCUGAGUUUUGACUGCAAGCUGCGAAAGUGUCUGAUUUCCAGACUGCCUUGUCUUGGGCUAUGUGUGGCCAGUUAACUUUUUCUGUUAAUUGAACAGUAUCUAACAAUGCUUUGCAUUCCUGUGAUUGUCCUUACACAAUGGUUACACAGUCAGAAUGUUGUUGUAGGCAUGCUGUUUUUUGGAGAGUGACGCAGCGCUGUGCCCUCAUGUGCAAGCUUAGCAGUUUGAAGUUUAUCUGGGCAAACAGGAAGAUUCUUCUCCUCUCCUCUUUUCUCUCUCUCUCUCAAUCUCUGUUUCUGUGGUUUAAGGCACUAAAAUUCAAAAGAAGCUACCGGACCCCAGUGCUUUAAAUCUGUCACCAAAUAAUCUUGUUAUAUAAUUAGUUUUGCAUCUCUAGCAAUGAGAGGUCCCCAGGCCUCUUCAGCUGAAAGGUCUGACAUGAAUUCAGGAUAUGUACCUCACACCGUCCGGUUUGUUUUAGGGCUUCUGCAUGUUAUAAUGGGUAUCUCUUCACAUUUCACCAUUUUGGUUACCAGAUUUUUUUCAAUGAAUCUGGGGACCCCCCUUUUUUGGGGGGGGGGGGAAGCUGAGUAGCAACAGGGAGUCAGUAGUGGGGAUGGUGAGGCAAAAGACCCUGGGCCGAAGCACACAUGCAUAUUGUAUAAAGGUGCAAAGCCCUUCUUUCGCACCCUGUGAAACAUAAAUGCUCUGAGUUUUUAAAAAACUGGGCAACGGCACCUGCCCGUGACUCCCGAGCCUCCCCCAAUCUCCUUCCCCCUUCCCCCUUUGUUUUGACUGAUCUUGGGAGUCGCAGGGUUUCCCAGUUUUUAAAAAACUCUGCACAUUUAUGUUUCACAGGGUGUGAAAGAAGUGCUUUGCACCUUGCCUGGCAGAGAAACCGCGCGCCUUGCGCCCCUCCUGGACAACGACCGUCUGCCCGCAACUCCUGAGCCUCCCCUGAUCUGUCAAAACAAAGGGAGAAGGGGGCAGGAGAUCUGUACCGCCGGAUGUCCCUGCUUUCCCCUCAGCAGUGGCAGCAAGCAGAUCCUGAAGCCAGCCAGAGCCAACUGUCUUACCAGACUGGCUCCAGGCUGCUGAGGCUGCCGCUGCCACGUUUCCCGGGGACAGAUUUGCAAAUCUGGGGACAUCUGGUAACCCUAAGCUAAACUGAUAAGCAACCCUACUCUACAACACACUAAGGUGGAAGUUGCACCUGUGCAGAUUAGCAAGUAUCCUAGGCUUCCUUGUCCGAAGACUAGCUAUGCCACAAGCAUGACAAUUGCAGCAACUAUGGCGGCCACCCAGAGACCACCCCCUCCAGUCACAACAUCAUCCACAGACAACACCCCUGAAUGAAAAGCACCAAUCAAUAGUCUUGUGAGGAAGGCAACCCUGGUUAAUGAUAACCCCUUGCUCCUCCAUCCGUUAGGCGAUGCCCAGGGAAUUGGGAGCAAAAGGCCUUCCCUACCUGAUGUUCUCAACCUGUAGCUCAGUGGGGUGUGUGUGGAAUGGGGGAACAUGGCAGAAUUUGGGAAGCAUGAGUUCAAAUGCUUGCGUAUUUUCAAAAACGAGGAGAAGCGCUCAGAAAUGUGUAUCCAAAUACAUACCUCAUACAAGUCCAAUUAUACAUACAUGACAUCUAAAAAGAGGAAUUUGAGAGGGGAAAGUUAGGAGGGUCUCUUUAACAUCUCAUGAAAGAGAAAUUGUGCUUCUCAUGAAAAGGCUGACACCUACACAGGAGAAAAAACAGUGGCGUUAAGAUAGGAGAAUGAAGUUUUUCUCUUCCAGUUCUACUGAUGUUGAAAUACAAUGCAUGCUUUAAAUAGUUAUGCAACAGUCAUUCCUUUAAGCUCCUUUAAAAAUAUUUAACCUAAGGGUUUUUUAUUUCGUCUGGAUUUAGUCUAAUCCUUAUUAAUAACUUCCGAACUACCAGCCCGCUUCUAGAAGAAUAGCAUUAUUACUUAAUAUUAGCAAAAAUAAAUAAAAUUUUAAAAAUCAAGAGCCUGCAACACAGACUUACUUAUUACGGCAUGUGGUUUCGCAAGUGAAAACCAUACUUGGUUGGAUACACUCUGGGGUCAAGUGAGAGAUUUGUAGAAUAGAAAUCUGCGAGGUAUUGCGAAAAGGAAAUAUUUGGCGGUGUAGUCUUCUCCUGCAUGGGCUCACGCAUUCCAGAGGUUGCUGGUUUCGCUUGAAAACAAGGUGGUGCAAACUCGGGCGCUCGCUCCAUUUUGUGGAGCAGAUUUGCUUGGCUGUGCUGCCAUUCUUCAACGCUCACACGUGCGGCGGUGGCAGUGCUGCGGCCUGCGUGAAAAAUAACAGGGGUGGCUUGCUCCCAUGGCAACCCACAUCCGUGCCCCUUGUGGGCCAUUGCUCUCUCUUGCCCUCCCUAGCGUGGGGCAGGCAGUUCACUGUAGGGCUUGAUAUUGAGACCAGAGAGAGUCACUCAGGGACGCCUCUGAUGCAAAGUUGGCUGAGGCCGGGAGGAGGAUGGGUUCAGAGAGAGAAAGGGGGUAUAAAUGCUAUUUCCUGUGCAGGCUGCUGCACUGCUAAAUUUGGAGAGCCAAAGCAACAGGAGAGCUCUCUUGCUGUUUUUGAUACUGCUCACGUAGUAAGUUGUAAGAGGAGAGACUUUAAAAGUCGUUUCCUUUAUGAAGCCUCCCUAGCAAGCUUUUCCAUUCCCUUUCCCUCAUUCUCUAGAUUGGCUUUUUCAUAUCUCUCUCGCAUAUCAACUAAUCCAUGGGUAGGCAACAGAAUCAUUCGACAAUUAAAAGAAAAUAUACUGGAUUGAUACAAAAGACUUUAAACAUUUAUAUUAUCAAAACAUUACGUACUCUAAACAGAGCUAUAAAAGUACCCCAAUAUACAAAUCAAGACAUUAAACAAUAAAAUUCAUAAGCUAAAAUCACAUGGCCACUAAUAUCUCAAAAAACAAUGUCAAUUAAUACAGUGUGCAAUUUAUACUCAGAGUUUGGUGACAAAGAUAGAACAUAGCCUGAUGUAGAUAGAUCUAAUCGCCUUCUAAAUCCGGGCCACGGAUGGUCCGGGAAUCAGUGUGUUUUUGCAUGAGUAGAAUGUGUCCUUUUAUUAAAAAUGCAUAUCUGGGUUAUUUGUGGGGCAUAGGAAUUUGUUCAUUUCCCUCCCCAAAAAUUAUAGUCCGGCCCCCCACAAGGUCUGAGGGACAGUGGACCGGCCCCCUGCUGAAAAAGUUUGCUAACCCCUGAGCUAAUCCCUCCCUCUCUAAGGUGAACAAAUGUGGCUUCCAGUUUCCCUCUUCCUCAAAUUUCUUCCUAUUUCCAAACACUUUCCUAGUGCCAUCCACCAUUCCUUUACCCCCAAAAUGUCUCCCACCUCAAGGCUACCUGAAAGGAGGAGUUGGUAGUCUUGGACUCUCUGAAGCACAUUUCAGAGCUGUAGCUCGUGGGGAACACGAUAAAAAGUUCAGGAUUUGCAUGAGGGAAGGAGGCAGGUCCAAGUGCCUUUGCAGAAAGCAGGCUUUGCAUGUGUGGAGGGACACUUCAAGCGCUCCUCCGCCUGCAAAUUCAAGUCAAAAAGAGGUAACAAAAACCCCAGGCUCCAAACAUUUUGGUCCAAUUUGCUUGCCUCCCCACUGGAGACGCCCCAAAUGUUGGGUGCUUCGUGUAAAAUAAAUAAUUUCAGGGCUGCGUCUCAUCAGGUGAAGCUUUAAUCCAGGGGUCAGCAACCAUUUUCAGCCGGGGGCCGCUCCACCGUCCCUCAGACCAUGUGGUGGGCCGGACUACAUUUUGAAAAAUAAAAAAUGAACAGAUUCCUAUGCCCCACAAAUAACCCAGAGAUGCAUUUUAAAUAAAAGCACACAUUCUACUCAUGUAAAAACACGCUGAUUCCCGGACCAUCUACGGGCCGGAUUUAGAAGGCGAUUGGGCCGGAUCCGGCCCAUGGGCCUUAGGUUGCCUACCCCUGUUCCAUGGCAAUUGGAGUACAUGAGCAAGACAGCCAGUCCUGAGCAGCUUUCCAUAGCAAAGCUACUAAUAGCAGCUUUUUAUUCUGCAAGCAUUGUAGAUGCACAUAUUGGAAAAUCCCCUGAAGGCUCAUUACAGUGCCUGAAGGGCAGAGGAACGCUUACAGCCCAAUGUGUCGUCCAUAUGUGGUUUUGUUUGCUCUGUGUUGGAGUGUUUGCCUCUGUUAUGAGACAUCUCUCCCUUCCUUCCUUCCUUCCUUUCUCUCUCUUUCUCCCUCUCUCCCUUAUUAUAUUUUUAUUCUGCUUUUCAGACAAAAAAAGAAAUCUCUCAAAGCAUCUCGCCGCAAUUAAAAUUCAGCACACAGUGCCCAGACAGGCAGGGUACAUAAAUGAAAAGAAGAAGGAGGCCCCGCCCUCGGGCUUACAAACUCAAAAAGACAAGACAACAGAAGGGGAAGGGAAGGGAGCUGGAGCGAAAAGAAAGAAAAGGGAGAUCAACAUGUCAGUGCCAGAACAAAGAGGUGUGUUGGGGAGGGACUGCCGCUCAGCGCAAAUGGAGCCCGUGCUUUUCCAGGUUCAAUUCCUGGCAUAUCCAAAUAAAAGGAAUCAGAAGGAGCUAAUGGGGCAAAUAGCCUGAGACUGCCGGUCAGAGUAGACAGCAUUGGGCUAGGAUGGACCAAUAAUAAUAAUAAUAUAAUAAUUUAUUAUUUGUACCCCACCCAUCUGGCUGGGCUUCCCCAGACACUCUGGGCGGCUUCCAACAAAGAUUAAAAAUACAGUGGUACCUCGGGUUAAGUACUUAAUUCGUUCCGGAGGUCCGUUCUUAACCUGAAACUGCUCUUAACCUGAAGCACCACUUUAGCUAAUGGGGCUUCCUGCUGCCGCUGCGCCGCCGGAGCACAAUUUCUGUUCUCAUCCCGAAACAAAGUUCUUAACCCAAGGUAAUAUUUCUGGGUUAGCAGAGUCUGUAACCUGAAGUGUAUGUAACCCGAGGUACCACUGUACAUUAAAAUGUCACACAUUAAAAACUUCCCUGAUCUGAUUUGGUAUAAGGCAGUUUCAUAUAUUCGUAAGCAGGGAUAUGCAACUAAUUUUUCUAAUUUUCCUGCAUGGGACCUUCCUUUCACAUCUGUGCUUGCAGGACAACUGACCAUUGGAACAGUGUUAUUUUGAGGAAGGAGCAGGCAGAGGAGGGAUAUUCCUGCCAGCUUCUCAUUCUUUGCUAGAAAAAUGCAACCUGUGCCAUUAAUAAAGAUAGUGCAACUCGUUGGCGACAAAUGGUGAAACGGGGAUAGAGCGCUGACACCCCGACUUCCUCAUUACUUCAUAUAAUAACAACGUUGAACUUACCCUUUUCUUGAAUCUUCUUGAACUUAUUAAAAAAAAAGAAAAAACGAAAAACUGAGUCAAGAAUUCGUGAGAACCUAGUAAAAUCUGAUAUUGCAAGUUCACUUUAUUUUAGGUAGUUUGUAAGUUUCCGUGGCACUUUGUAAGUAAUUGUCUCUUUCUCACAUAUUUGAUAAAUGGCGUAAAAUUAUUUUUGAACCACUGUGUGAAGAUUUGUCGCCAGCGUGCUGUACGAGUUGCACUAGCUUCUCAUUCUUUGGCUGAUAAUAUCUGGGGCCGGAUAAAAUUUGUGCGACGGAUGUUGAAUCCUAGAUGUAAAAAUGCCCCAUCUUCCCUAGUAAUCUGGUGUACUUCAGAAGAUGCAUGUGUAUAGAUUUUCAGAGUUCUGGCUAGCAUUGGAGUACCUCAACCACUUUAGGGUGCAGUUCAUGUCUUCUUGCUGCAAUUACAGUGGUACCUCGGGUCACAUACGCUUCUGGUUACAUACGCUUCAGGUUACAGACUCCGCUAACCCAGAAAUAUUGCUUCAGGUUGAGAAUAGAAAUUGUGCUCCUGCGGCGCGGCAGCAGCAGGAGGCCCCAUUAGCUACAGUGGUGCUUCAGGUUAAGAACAGUUUCAGGUUAAGUACGGAACGAAUUACGUACUUAAUCCGAGGUACCACUGUAUUAUUAUUACAGUCAUACCUCGAGUUGAAUGCGCUUCGGGUUGAGCGCGUUCGAGUUGCACUCCGCAGCAACCCGGAAGUAAUGGAGUGCGUUACUUCCAGGUUUCGCCGCUCGCGCAUGCGCAGACACUCAAAAUGGCGUCCCGCGCAUGCGCGGUAGUGGCGAAACGCGACACGCGCAGAUGCGCAGUCGCGUCUUGUGUUCCAUUCAGGAUGCGAACGGGGCUCCAGAACGGAUCCCGUUUGCAUCCCAAGGUACCACUGUAUUAUUAGCCAUGAAUGAGUCACAGCCUCUUUAUUUAUAUAUCUAACCCCCACCUAUGAAGUAGGGUCUCUAGCCUACAAAAGCUCAUGCCAUACUCAUACUAAACGUUUUAGUCUCUUUCAUUUUUUUAUUUUGUUUAGGAAUUUAUCUCCCAUCCCUCAGGUCUUGCCGUUCUCAGGGUAGCACUUUUCCAGCACCACAGGACUCGUCAUUAUUUUUGCUGCAGCAGAGUAACACCACUUAUCUUCUGGGAUUGGAAAUGGUGUGAGAAUGGCCAGAUUGUCUCUGCAUGGGCUCCUGGCAUCUAUUAUGGGAUGGAUGGCACAAGCGUAGAAUAUGGAAAGCUGUAUCCCAGCGUACAAGAGAAAUCAGCUUUUAAGAAUGUAAGGAAAGCCCUGCCUCUAAAUUGGAUUUGAUUUAUUGUAUAUCUAUGCUGCUUUUUGUUCAGCUGAAUCUCAAAGCAGCUUACAAACAAUAAAUAACCAUAAUCUACUGAAAAACAGCAGAAUACCACAAAUGCAGCACAAGCCAUUUAAAAGAUUUUUUAAAAGAUAUUUUUAAAUCAUCAAUAAAACAAAUACGAUAUAUAAAUCAUUAUUUUCAAAAUAGCAACUAAAAAAAGAAGUUGAACAGGUAAAUUGGUGGCAGCACAGUCAUUGUUAAUCACAACUUCCAUAAGUUUGCCCCCCAAACAAAAAUUGAAUUUUCGAAAACCUGGACAUAUGGCAGUCGUUGUCGUCGCCCCCCCCCCCACUUUCUGCAAACUCUUGGUCAUUUUGGUUGCCCUUUUCUGAACCUUUUACACCUCUGCAAUAUCCUUCCUGGUUCUGCUUCAACAGGGCUUGUUCUUCUAUAUUUAAUAGUGAUUCCCACCAGUUUUCCCAGAAAAUAUGUUAAGCUAACUUUCCUGUAAUUUCCCAGAUCCCCUCUCUGAAUCCCUUUUUAAAAAAAUGGGUGUUUUACAUUGGCUCCCCCCGCCCGCCCCCCGUUUUCAGAGACAGAGGCUGAUUUUAGGGACAAGUUGCAUGUUUUGGCUAGUAGAUCAGCAGUUUCACAUUUGAGUUAUUUAAGAAUUCCUGGGUGGAUGUUAUCCAGACCCACUAUUUUGUCAAAAAAGCCUAGAACUUUGCUUGCUGUCCCUACUAUUUGCCUAAGUUCCUCAGACUCACUUUCUGUGAGAAUUAGUUCAGGGCCAAGGAUCUGCCCUACAUCUUCUGCUGUGAAGACAGAUGCAAAGAUUUUAUUUAGCGCACGGGUAGGCAAGCUAAGGCCCAGGGGCCGGAUCUGGCCCAAUCGCCUCUUAAAUCUGGCCCAUGGACGGUCUGUGAAUCGGUGUGUUUUUACAUGAGUAGAAUGUGUGCUUUUAUUUAAAAUGCACCUCUGGGUUAUAUGUGGGGCAUAUGAAUUCAUUCAUUGUUUUUCCUUCACAAUAUGGUCCGAGGAACAGUUUACCGGCCCCCUGCUGUAAAAGUUUGCUGAUCCCUGAUUUAAAACUAUUUUCUUCCAUUAGCAUACCUUUGAGUCCCUUGUCCAAAAAAGUCCAACUGCUUCCUUAGCUGACUUCGGGCUGCUAAUGUAUUUGAAUAGGGUUUUUUGGGGGGGCGGUAUUAUUAGUCUUAAUGUUUUAGCAAUGCGUUCUUUUUCCCAUUCCUUAUUGCUACUUGCCUUUCUUUUGCCAAAGUUUAUGUUAACUUGUUAUUAUCAUUUGGACAAUACUUCAAUUUUUAAAAGCGAGACUUCUUCCUACUAACGGCUUCUUUGACUCUGUUCAUUAACCACGCUGGCAUCUUCUUGACGCUGAUCUGUGAUAUACAUUCUAUCUCAGCUUGUAUUUCUCCAGCAAUGGUUUUAAUGGCUGCCUGGCAGAUAUUCAACUUGUAGUGUUUCCUGCAUGGAAAGGCAACGAAACCACACCAGUUGAAUUUUUGAAGCUAUUAGAUGCGAGUUUAUGAAAUAUGUAUUAUUUAAUAUGCUAUGUGUGCAGCUCGGAAAAUGUUGCUCAAUUUUUUUUUUUUUAUUGUCAGUCCUUUUUAGAAAAAGUGUACAGUGGUACCUCGGGUUAAGUACUUAAUUCGUUCCGGAGGUCCAUUCUUAACCUGAAACUGUUCUUAACCUGAAGCACCACUUUAGCUAAUGGGGCCUCCUGCCCCUGCCACGCCGCCGGAACACGAUUUCUGUUCUCAUCCUGAAGCAAAGUUCUUAACCCGAGGUACUAUUUCUGGGUUAGCAGAGUGUGUAACCUGAAGCGUAUGUAACCCGAGGUACCACUGUACUUAAUGGUCCUCUUGUUUUUCCUCCAGUAAGCAAAUUGCAGCGGAUUACCUAAUUAUGAUGGAAGUCUGUGUACACAAUAUCAGAUGUUCCCCCUAUAGCAUAAGUCGAUGUAGACAUAGGCUGUCACAAUUUCAGAAAUGUUUUUGGCUCAUCUGAGUGCCGUUUCCCCAGAUUUGUUUGUAAAUCAUAAAACGAUCAAGCCUGGGUUCUCUACACUUUGAUUGUAAGACAGAAUGCCAAAUAACUUUCCAGCUUGUUGUCUCAGUCCAGGCUAUGGGAUGAUGAACAUGUAUAUAUUCCAGGAAGCUGUUGAUGAACCUGUAUAUCAGCUGUUCUUCCUUCUUACCCUUCUUGACAGUUUAUACUUGGAUUCUUGCUGCAAAGCAUCAACUCAGCCUCAGGUGUGGCUCCCAUGGCUGCCAGUUGCCCUAGGAGGCAUCGCGCAUUCACAGGUGUAUAAAAGGAUUUACGGAAGCCUGUAACCCUCUUGGCACUAAUCAACCGUACCCAGCUGCUACUCUGCAAACUACCCAGAUGGGAGGCUGAGUGGAAGGAUGGGGCCUCGUUCGCAAGGUGAAGGCCUCAGGAGACUUGGAGGUUCUGUGCCGUGACGCACAGAGGAUAUUGUGUUGUCAGAGAUGCAAUGCAGAUCUCUUUGGGGUUGGAUACAGAUUGUGGUGGCGCUGUGGGUUAAACCACAGAGCCUAGGACUUGCUGAUCAGAAGGUUGGCGGUUCGAAUCCCGGCGACAGGGUGAGCUCCCGUUGCUCAGUCCCAGCUCCUGCCCACCUAGCAGUUUGAAAGCACGUCAAAGGGCAAGUAGAUAAAUAGGUACCGCUCCAGCGGGAAGGUAAACGGCGUUCCGUGCGCUGCUCUGGUUCGCCAGAAGCGGCUUAGUCAUGCUGGCCACAUGACCCGGAAGCUGUACGCCGGCCAAUAAAGCGAGGUGAGCGUCGCUACCCGAGUCGGUCACGACUGGACCUAAUGGUCAGGGAUCCCUUUACCUUUACCUUUACAGAUUGUGGUGUGGUCUGAGCCAAAAAAAGAUCAGCAGAAAGUGUGUUAAAGGAAAAUUGCAUAUUUUCCCCACAUUUCUGAAGCUCUGCACCUGGCUGAUUUCGUAUGUUAUGUGGAAGCACAUAACCUGGAAGAACAAGUGAGCUGUGCUUCCUCUUUGAAGUGUAGCAGCUUGACUUCGCUCUAUCACGUCUCCCAUUUACGCUUUCAGAUAUAUCAUUAAGAAGCCAUUGUGGCAAUUACCUAGGAAGGGUACACUAUAACUGCCUUAAGUUCUUAAAUUUCGUUUCCUCCUGUGGUUUCUGUUUGAGCUACAGGCCUGAUUUUAUGGUAUCUGUCCCAGGUAAAUGCUGUCCUUGGGGAGAGAUUACAGGGGUGCCGUGAAAAAAAUGUUGCUAUGAAUUGCUAGGGUUUGCCAUUCUUCAAGUUUCAGCCCUCUUCCCCAGACUCUCUAGAACACCAUCUUUGAGUCCCGUUGUGUCCCUAGAUUUCAUUAGACUACAACUCCCAUCAUCCCUAGUCGGUAAGUUCAGGGAUGAUGGAAAUUAUAGUCCAACAACAUCUAGAGACUCCUAAGAUUGGGGAAGGCUGGUCUAGAAGUUAAAUCUCUUUUUUUUAAAAAAUGAUAUUUAUUAAAGUUUCAACGAAUACAAAAACAAAAAAAUAAAAAUAAAAAUACAAGAAAGUACAAAAUACAGAAAAAAGAAUAAGAUUUUUAAAAUAUAACAAGAAAAGGAAAAAUAAAGGAAAACAUACAAGAUACAGUUAAAAACACAUUGACUUUCCAUAAUAUACCUUCCCUAGCCUUAUUUCCCCGGACCUCCUCGUACCUCCCUUUUUUGUAUUCCAGUUUGGUUUGUUAGUUCAGCAAAUCCUUACCAUUAAGCUGUUCCCCAUUUGUAAACCUUUUUUCAUAUCUCUUAAAGCAUUGCAGCUGGAAACCACUUAGUUUCUAUCUAACAUCCUUCUAAGAUUCAUUAAUUUUACAAUAUUUCUGUAAAUAGUCUUUAAAUUUCUUCCAAUCUUCUUUCACUGACUCUUCUCCCUGGUCUCGGAUUCUGCCAGUCAUUUCUGCUAAUUCCAUGUAGUCAAUCACCUUCAUCUGCCAUUCUUCCAGAGUGGGUAAAUCUUGUGUCUUCCAAUACUUUGCAAUGAGUAUUCUUGCUGCUGUUGUGGCAUACGUAAAAAAAGUUCUGUCCUUCUUUGGCACCAAUUGGCCAACAAUGCCCAGAAGAAAGGCCUCUGGUUUCUUCAGAAAGGUAUAUUUAAAUACCUUUUUUAUUUCAUUAUAAAUCAUCUCCCAGAAAGCCUUAAUCCUUGGGCAUGUCCACCAAAGGUGAAAGAAUGUACCUUCAGUUUUUUUAUAGAAGUUAAAUCUCUGUGUGAGAGGGCAGAUGCAACUUGCGUCUCUGGUGCACAAGCACGUCAGCGUGAACCCUGAGGCACAGGGUAGUGCAAAUCCUGCCAUUUCAGACAUCUCAGCCGCUGAAGCUCAUUUUUCACAUAGGGCAAUUAUGUUUUUCUUUAUCCCAAAGAACUAACACCCUUUUUGCAGAGUGUUAAGAGUUUCUGCAGAGUUACCGUAUUUACCCAAAUGUAAUGCGCCAUCGAGGGACGUGGGUGGCGCUGUGGGUUAAACCACAGAACCUAGGACUUGCCGAUCAGAAGGUCAGCGGUUCGAAUCCCCGCGACGGGGUGAGCUCCCGUUGCUCGGUCCCUGCUCCUGCCAACCUAGCAGUUCAAAAGCUAACGGUCAGGGGUCCCUUUACCUUUACCUUUAAUGCGCCAUCGAAUCUAAUGCACACCCUAGUUUUUGUGAUGUAAUUUGGCAAAAAGGUGUGCAUUACAUUCAGAUAACAGUAGUUAAAAAGUACCCUAUAGCAGGUCAGGUGGGGAGGAACCUUCAGCGGUGGACAGAAGGGAAGUCCUUGGGCAGUGGUCCUUAGCAUGUGACUAGGAAUAUUGCAAUGAGUUCCCUGAGAAGCAAUGACAUAUUUAACAAUUGUGUGUGUGUGUGUGUGUGUGUGUGUGUACAUCACUCUGCACGCAUGGAGUCAUCCACUGUGCCUAACUGCUGACGGAGGAGAUUCCUAUCCUUGCAGAACUAUAUCAGGAGAUCAGAAUAAUCUGCCUCUCCACCGAAGCCAGCCUCGGGCAAGCAUUGCGCAUGCAUUCGGCCCAUAUGCUCCCAGCAUCAGAGAGCACUGCUCAGGCGCGCAAGCCAUGAGGCAGCCAGAGCUGGAUGUUUCUUUGACGGAAGGAAAGCGGUCUGUUGUUCCUCGAAAUUCACUUGGGUGGGGGAGGGAUUGCAUGGUGGCAAAAAUAAAAAAAUGCACUAGUCGUAUACUUUCAGAAAUCAUGCACAUCUGCCCAGGAGUCAGGAAACAGAAAUGGCAUUCUCCCUGUUCGCGUGAUGGGGUUUUAUCUGUCUGCUGCACAUGAUGAAUGUAUGCAAUCAGCUCGACACGACUCUGCCCUUGAGGAGUUCUAGCGCAGAACGCAGUGGCCCGUGUCCUGAUGAGAGAGGGCUGGCAGGAGCAAAUAAAAGCUGUUACACAACAACGACACGGGCUACCCACUUCCAGACACAGCCCGAGGGGCUGCUGUUGAUCUAUGGCAGCCAAAGUGCCUUGGAAUCUGGUGCUCUCAAGGAAUGUCUUGACUCUGAUUAAAAUGUUCCACGAGGCCUUGCUUCAAACGCUGUCUGCAUGUACCAGGGCAGAGUGGAAAGGCAGCCUGUGGACCUCUGGAUGUUGUUGGGACUCCAACUCCCAUCAGCCUCAGCCCGCAUUGCCAGUGGUCAGGGAUAAUGGGAAUUGUAGUCCAGUUAGGAGGGCCUAACAUUCGGGAGCAAGCCAGCAGUAAAUAAUAAUAAUAAUAAUAAUAAUGAUGAUAAUUUAUUUAUACCCCGCCCAUCUGGCUGGGUUUCCCCAGCCACUCUGGGAGGCUUUCAACAGAAUAUUAAAAUACAAUAAUCUAUUAAACAUUAAAAGCUUCCCUAAACAGGGCUGCCUUCAGAUGUCUUCUAAAAGCUUGGUAGCUGUUUUUCUCUUUGACAUCUGGUGGGAGGGCGUUCCACAGGGUGGGCGCCACCACCGAGAAGGCCCUCUGCCUGGUUCCCUGUAGCUUUGCUUCUCACAAUGAGGGAACCGCCAGAAGGCCCUCAGCGCUGGACCUCAGUGUCCGGGCAGAACGAUGGAGUUGGAGACGCUCCUUCAGGUAUACUGGACCAAGGCCAUUUAGGGCUUUAAAGGUCAGCACCAACACUUUGAAUUGUGCUCGGAAACGUACUGGGAGCCCUCUUCAUCCCUCUUCGGGUUCUGGGAGACCAGGGAGGACGAGUGCUUGUUGCAGCAGGAGGGGGAGACACUCGUGUCUCUUCACCGGCCUGACUUGUCUCUGCCUCUUGGCCUCGUUCCUCCCACUGUCCUUCUUCGGCUUCUGCCUCUGGACUUCUCUAAGCCCACUCAUCCCUGUUACCCCCCUCAGCUUCCGAUACCUCCUCUUCCCAGUCUUCUCCCUCUAACUACUCAUUGUUGUCCCACCACCACUCCCCAGCCUCUGAGUCUUCUUGGGGGGUUCCCCAGCUGGUUCCUCCCACCAUUUCUCUUUAUCCAACCUCUCCAUGGGACGUGGGUAGCGCUGUGGGUUAAACCACAGAGCCUAGGACUUGCCGAUCAGAAGGUCGGCGGUUCGAAUCCCUGAGACGGGGUGAGCUCCCAUUGCUCGGUCCCUGCUCCUGCCAACCUAGCAGUUUGAAAGCACAUCAGAGUGCAAGUAGAUAAAUAGGUACCGCUCUGGCGGGAAGGUAAACGGCAUUUCCGUGUGCUGCUCUGGUUCGCCAGAAGCGGCUUAGUCAUGCUGGCCACAUGACCUGGAAGCUGUACACCGGCUCCCUCGGCCAAUAAAGCGAGAUGAGCGCCGCAACUCCAGAGUCGUCUGCGACUGGACCUAAUGGUCAGGGGUCCCUGACCUUUAACCUCUCCAUGACAGUUUCCCACCCUUGUACUAGGGCAGUGUUGUACCGAAAUUGGGUCUCCAGCUGUUUUUCAGACUACAAUUCCCAUCAUCCCUGACAACUGAUCUUGCUUGCUAGGGAUGAUGGGAGUUGUAGUCAUGCUGAUGACACCCAACUAUCUGUUGAUGGAUGGCCAUCCUGACUCAGCCCCAGACACACUGAUCAGAUGUUUGGAAGCUGUGGCUGGAUGGUUAUGUGAGAGCCAGUUGAAGUUAAAUCCUUCAAAGACAGAGGUCCUUUGGCUGGGUCGGGAUGGUAUGGGAUUGGGGGGGCAACUCCCAUCUCUUGCGGGGGCGCAAUUAGUGCCAGCACCGUCCGUUAAGAGUUUGGGUGUAAUCUUCAACACCUCCCUCUCUAUGGAGGCGCAGAUUGCAGCUAUAACAAAGGCGGCAUUUUUUCAUCUCCGCCAAGCUAAGCAGUUGGCUCCUUAUCUCUCUUGCCCUGACCUAGCCACUGUGAUACACGAGACGGUCACCUCCAGACUGGAUUAUUGUAACUCGCUCUACGUGGGGCUGCCCUUGAGACUGACCUAGAAACUCCAGCGGGUGCAGAAUGCCGCGGUGAGACUCCUUACGGGGUCCUCGCUGCGAGAUCACAUUCACCCAGUGCUAUACCAGCUGCACUGGCUCCCGGUGGAGUACAGGAUCAGGUUUAAGGUGCUGGUUUUAACCUUUAAAGCCCUAUACAACCUAGGACCCUCGUACCUAUGGGACCGCCUCUCCUGGUAUGUCCCACAGAGGACCUUACGGUCUUCAAACAAAACAUCUUGAAGGUCCCGGGACACAGAGAGGUUAGGCUGGCCUCAACCAGAGCCAGGGCUUUUUCAGCCAUGGCCCCGAUCUGGUGGAACGCUCUGCCACAAAAGACUAGGGCCCUGUGGGGACUUGACAUCUUUCCGCAGGGCCUGCAAGACGGAGCUGUUCCACCAGGCCUUUGGCCAAGGCACAGUCUGACCCCCUCCUUUGGUAAUCCUCACAGAACUUUAGCCCAAUGGUUGCCAUUAAUUUGAUUUGAAUUAAUUUUAUAAUGAAAUGAUUUUAGAAUGUUGUAUUAUUUUACUGUUGUUAGCCACUCUGAGCUCGGCUUCAGCUGGGGAGGGCGGGAUAUAAAUAAAAUUUUAUUAUUAUUUUAUUAUUAUUAUUAUGUAUUAUUAGUCCCAAAACAGCUGGAGACCCAAGUUCCAGAAAUACUGACUGCCCUAGGAUGUGAAGUGGGAUCUUCUUUUUAGCAGCCUUAAUUUUGUGGAAUUGCUUCCAAAUGGAGCCCAGUGUUUCUCCUCCCCCCCUUCUUUUAAAAUACUUUUAACGAUUUGACUCUGUUGUGAAUGUUCUGUUAUAUUACCAGAGGAGUGUUGGCUUUUUGUCCAUUUUUACUGCAUUUGAGAGGUAUUAAUUAACAACUCUUGAAUGCAAUUUGAGAAGAGCUGGGUAUUAAAUGUAACCUUUAUUACGAAUUUAGAGCACUGAACACUCUGCGGUGAAUACUCAUUAUAAGACAUCUUUAUGAACUAUGGUCACUUGGGAAGCAAUUAUUAGUGUUUGCAGAAUCUUUAAUCACCACUUUGAUAUCCAACAAGCAAAGGGUUUUAUAGAGUCCUGACAUUCAUUUUGCAGAAAGAAAAACUCAAUUUAAUGGUAGCUUUGGUGCCAGUGGGGCUUAAAAAAAAAUCAAUUCAGCAGUUACUGGCAUGGCCUUUUAUCCUCAUAUGGAGUUGUUUGCGUUCUUUGCAAUUCAUGAAUGUAUAUUACUAAAUUAAUUCCUGCUUCCCUGCUGUUCAGAAAUAAUUGAUUCAAUAAUAAAGAGUUGUGAUCUGAUACCUAUAGCUGCUUCUAGGCAGAGGAUCAGAUAGUAGAUUAGUCAUUUCUCUCCGCAGGCAAGGGAUUUUUUCCGAAAUAUAUUGUGUGCAGUUCCACGAAAAUUUGAUGCUUUCCCAUCUUUGUUGUUGUUUAGUCGUUUAGUUGUGUCCGACUCUUCGUGACCCCAUGGACCAGAGCACGCCAGGCACUCCUGUCUUCCACUGCCUCCCGCAGUUUGGUCAAACUCAUGUUGGUAGCUUCGAGAACACUGUUCAACCAUCUCGUCCUCUGCCGUCCCCUUCUCCUUGUGCCCUCCAUCUUUCCCAACAUCAGGGUCUUUUCCAGGGAGUCUUCUCUUCUCAUGAGGUGGCCAAUGUAUUGGAGCCUAAGCUUUAGGAUCUGUCCUUCCAGUGAGCACUCAGGGCUGAUUUCCUUCAGAAUGGAUCGGUUUGAUCUUCUUGCAGUCCAUGGGACUCUCAAGAGUCUCCUCCAGCACCAUAAUUCAAAAGCAUCAAUUCUUCGGCGAUCAGCCUUCUUUAUGGUCCAGCUCUCACUUCCGUACAUCACUACUGGGGAAAUCAUAGCUUUAACUAUACGAACCUUUGUUGGCAAGGUGAUGCCUCUGCUUUUUAAGAUGCUGUCUAGGUUUGUCGUUGCUUUUCUUCCAAGAAGCAGACGUCUUUUAAUUUCGUGACUGCUGUCACCAUCUGCAGUGAUCAUGGAGCCCAAGAAAGUAAAAUCUCUCUCUGCCUCUCACGCAAGGAUAGGAGAGGGACGGGAAGUCCCAUUGCGCAAAUGGAAGUCCUUGUGCGAAGAGGAUGACUUGGUUGGGUGCGACCCGUGGUCUCCACAGGGACCUAGGAUUAUUCAGGCAACAUUUCCUGCCCUUUCCGAUGGCCUUAGUUGGAAGACAGGAGCGCUCUCCAAACUUCUCUGAGGCAAAGGAAUGGGCCUGAGUUUCUGGAUCAAACAAGAUGGGAACUGUCUUCAAGUUUUCUCAUAGGCCAUUGCCAGGCAACAGCUCCCUCCAAGUUCCUCCGAGUGAGAGGAGUGGGACUGAGCAGCUGGAACCGUGAUGGAAGCAGUUUCCAGGCAGCACUCCCAAAAUAAAAAUAUCUUGCAAAUUUGCUUGGAAGCCUAAGAGCUUGGGGGGGGGGGAUAUUCCUAGAACUGCCAGAUUUUUAAAGGUCAUUCCUUUAAAAAUCUGGCGCAACCAUCUCCAGUGAGGAAUUGUGCAUGGAAUUCUCAUCAAAGUGGGAUACGUAUGUUUUUUUCCUCAUUUUAAGCUUACACCUUGAAAACCCAUCCAAGCAGUCUACCUUCCUUGGCCCCUCAAUAAGGGACCAUUGUUGUAACACAGCUUGCUUUUUAAGCAAAUGCCCGGCACAGUGUUAAGCAUUCGUAUGUGAGGCACACACUUGAGAACUGAUCCCUGCUGAAAACAGUGAAGCUCCGUUCUACGUAAACAUGCAUAGCUGUGAGUGACACAUGCCAAGUUUUUGCUUAUUUUCAUUCUAAAUGUGGGCCUUUACCUUUCAGAUCUUGCUUGGUUAAGCUAAAAAUGAAAUUCCAAUAACAUUUCCCUCCUCCGAAGCGGACUUUAGGAACUCCCUCAGGGAUUUUUGUGUUUCUUGCCUUUGUUUUAUUCCCAGCAAAAUGUGUGCUUGGUGUUUUCCAGUCUGUUGCUGUGUGAUUUAUGAGCCUUUCAUGAGCAGACAUCCACCAGCUUGUAAAUAAUUGCACUGACAAGGAAGGCCAGUCUGGUAAACAGAUUAUUCCUAAUUGUGCAGGGAGAGAGUCAGGAAUCCUACUGUCACAUCCAGAAGCAUACCUCAUUCCUCAUGUUUUUCCAAAGCCCUGGCUGAAGACUUAAAGGGCAAGCCACGUCAUAGUUGUGCGAGCGGAGUAUAAAUAAAAUAUGUGUGCAUUGAGUCAGGAAAGAAUCUGCAUAUGCAAGUGAACUGGCCAAAAAAUGAAUUGGUAUUCUUCCAAGGCUGGUUGAACAUUAUUGCCACAGACUGAAAAAAGCUAUACUCUUUGGCACAACAUACCCUAGUAUACUUAAUACAUGAUACUCUGGGCAACAUUUACUGCCCUGGGAACCUCUAGCUAGAGUUGUAAAUACAAUAGAUAAUAAUUAGAAUAAUUUGUAACAGAAGCUCCACCUGGCUUCUUCGAAGAUGAGCAGCUAGCAAGGUAUCCACUCAGCUUGCUGUUUAUGAGAAAUCAGCUUUGUAAAGGCUUAACUUCCCUGAUUUGCAAUUCUCUGAAGACCUCUUGCUGCCUUCUCCCUGACCUCCAUUUUCUUUUGGUCUGCAGGCUUGUUAAUUGGUUCUGGCUGUGCUCUUUAUCCUCUGGGCUGGGACAGUGAAGAAGUCCGGCAGACCUGUGGUUACCUUUCCAACCAGUUUGAGCUGGGUAAGUAAGUGGCUGCCAAUGGAGCAGGUUUAAAUAAAGUUAACGGUUUUGACUGACUCUGCUGAAGCACUUUGCAUGAUCUGCUUAAGCCUUUCUGUCGCCCUGACCACUGAAAUUCCGCCGCCACCAAAGUUAGGACAGUUGCCACCAGCCCUCCUGUUACAGAGGAAAAGGUCUGCCUGCUGUCUACUCUUGAGAAACUGCCAAGAUUUUAUUGUAUUUGAUUUGUGGUAUGCUACCUGUCUCCUCCCACUAGUAGCUUGGGAGGUCUGCAGGAACACCAUGAGGCUGCAGAUGGGUGAUUUGGGAUUGUAGUACAGUGGUACCUCGGGUUAAGAACUUAAUUCGUUCCGGAGGUCCGUUCUUAACCAGAAACUGUUCUAAACCUGAGGUGUGCUUUUGCUAAUGGGGCCUCGAUUUCCGUUCUCAUCCUGAGGUAAAGUUCUCAACCCGAGGUACUACUUCCGGGUUAGCGGAGUUUGUAACCUGAAGUGUUUGUAACCCGAGGUGUUUGUAACCUGAGGUACCACUGUAUACAGUGGACACUCGGGUUGCGAACGUGAUCCGUGCAAGAUGCACGUUCGCAACCCACAGCAUUCACAACCUGCAUCUGCGCACACAUGGGUUGCGAUUCGGCGCUUCUGUUCAUGCGCAAAGCGCAAUUGCCGAAACCUGGAAGUAACCCGUUCUGGUACUUCUGUGUUUCAACAGUCCGCAACUCGAAAAAACGCAACCUGAAGCGGCUGUAACCCAAGGUAUGACUGUAUAGCAUGUCUCCCAGUUGUCAUCAUGAGGCAUGCGCAAAGUGCUAGGGAAAGAGGCGGAGAGGGAUCUGCCUGCUGCUUUGUAUCCAGGGACCUGAUGCUUCCAUCUGCUUCAGAGUGGGCCGUUCGUGUCACUUAAACUCUUGAGCUCAUGACUUGGAGUCAUGGUGGCUCUCCCCUUGUUGCUCUCCCAAGUGCUGCAAAGCAACAGAGGGUGGCUGAAGCCUGCCCAGUUGAAUGAAUAAGCAAUCCAGUAGCAGAGAGUUGCCUGGAGGCAAUGUGCCAAAGGGGUUUGGGGGGACAGGUGAGCUAAUGAGCAACUUGAUCUCUUGUCUGGAGAUCCUAAGCAAACUCUACUGGGGCAGAAGUACUGUAUUUUUCCUUGUAUAACAUGCCCUCAUGUAUAAGACGAUCCCUAUUUUUUGGGACUGCAACAAAAAAAUUUUUAGGGGGAAAUUGUUGAGCUUUUUUUGGGGGGGGGGAGAUUGCCCAGAGUUGUUGAGAGCCAGUGUGUUGUAGUGGUUAAGAGCAGCGGACUUGUAAUCUGGUGAACUGGGUUCGCUUCUCCACAUGCACCUGCUGGGUGACCUUGGGCCAGUCACACUUCUUUGAAGUCUCUCAGCCUCACUCACCUCACAGAGUGUUUGCUGUGUGGGAGGAAGGGAAGGAGAUUGUUAGCUGCUUUGAGAUUCCUUAAAGGUAAAGGUAAAGGGACCCCUGUUAGGUCCAGUCGCAGACGAUUCUGGGGUUGCGGUGCUCAUCUCACUUUACUGGCCGAGGGAGCCAGCGUACAGCUUCUGGGUCAUGUGGCCAGCAUGACUAAGCCGCUUCUGGCGAACCAGAGCAGCACACAGAAACACCAUUUACCUUCCCGCCGGAGCGGUACCUAUAUAUCUACUUGCACUUUGUGCUUUCAAACUGCUAGGUUGGCAGGAGCAGGGACCGAGCAAUGGGGGCUCACCCCGUCGUGGGGAUUUGAACCGCCGGCCUUCUGAUCGACAAGCCCUAGGCUCUGUGGUUUAACCCACAGCGCCACCCGUGUCCCAUUUCAGACUUCUUAGGGUAGUGAUAAAGCGGGAUAUCAAAUCCAAACUCCUCUUCUUCUUUUGGGGGGUGGUCACCAACCCCAAUCGCUCGACCUUCCCACUCGACGCAACCACAGCCAAUUGCAUGCACCCCUUCCCACUGCCGUAAAUCAACCAACCAAUUGCUGCAGCCAAUUAUCAGCAGGCCUCACUGCAGCAACCAAUCACCGCUGAUAAUCUCCUGCUGGCUGCUGCCACCAAUCACCCUCUGCUUUCCGUCUAUAAGACGACAUGCAAUUUUUGCCUAUUAUUUCUAAGGAAUAAAGUACAGGUAAAGGGACCCCUGACCAUUAGGUCCAGUCGUGGCCGACUCUGGGGUUGCGGCGCUCAUCUUGCUUUAUUGGCCGAGGGAGCCGGCGUACAACCUCCGGGUCAUGUGGCCAGCAUGACUAAGCCACUUCUGGCGAACCAGAGCAGCACAUGGAAACACCGUUUACCUUCCCGCCGGAGCGGUACCUAUUUAUCUACUUGCACUUUGACAUGCUUUCGAACUGCUAGGUUGGCAGGAGCAGGGACCAAGCAGCGGGAGCUCACCCCAUCGCGGGGAUUCGAACCGCCGACCUUCUGAUCGGCAAGUCCUAGGCUCUGUGGUUUAACACAUAGCGACACCCGCGUCCCUUUUGAAGACAACAUAGACGUUGUCUUCAUAAUGGGAUGUGAAAGAUUUCUGCAUAACUAAUGUUUGUGUCAAUCUGUUUUCUCAGGUUAGGAUUGAACAGGUGAUCGUAGCUGAACCAGGAGCAGUCCUGCUGUAUAAAAACAGUGCCACCCGCAUCCCUAUUUCUAAGGAAUACAUAGCGUCUUUUUCCUAAAACUAGCAUUCAUCAUCUGGCAAUUCUAGCUUUUGGGUCAUCCCUAGUGACAAGACACCAGCUUGUAGACAAUGCGGACAUUGCAGCCCAAGCGAGGCACCCAAGUCCCCCACACUGAAAUGGGAAGUUGUGCAUAAUUCUCCGUCUUGACGUUAUUGGGAUAGAAAAGUCCCGUUUUAAUAUUCGCGCACCCAAAAUAACGACAUGCCUUGUAACAAAAAUGCACCUCUUAUUUGUUCUUUGCAGUGUUUCCUUGAAUUAAUUGCCGUUUGCAUUUUUAAUUUAAAAGGGGGGGAAAGAAAUAUAAUAAUGGUGAAACCCAUCUAAUAUUGUCCUUUGUGUUUUGUUUACCUGUAGGCACCUGUGAAAUUGGCUGGGCUUACUAUUGUACUGGAGGAGGAGCUGCUGCUGCCGUGUUGAUCUGCACUUGGCUGGCCUGCUUCUCUGGCAAGAAGCAGAAACAGUACCCUUACUGAGACCAGAAAGACGCAGCACAAAGAGAACCAGUUUAGGGAUUUGGAGUGGGGGUGGGGUGGGGGGAGAGAGAGAGGAAAAUAAAUGUGCAUGUAAGCCUUUCUUGGAAAGGUGCAAUCUGUUCUUCACUGUAGCCAGAUCAAUAUAAACAAGACUCAGUGACGUUUGACACUGAAUGAACAGUGGGGUUUUCUGUAACUUAGGGGUAUAAACCAGGAAUUUCAUGGAGCUUAACCACUUUAUUCCUAGCCUAUUGUGGUGUAGUAGAAAAUGCAGGAAGUAUUCACUUUCUUGUGUGUAGAGAGGAGGAAAUUAAGGGUUUUUAAGCAGUGCUUCAGUUGAAAGGGUUGAAAAAACAACGUGCUGGAAGACAAGGAUGUAGCCUUAUAAAAUAUUAUUUAACAUGACAGGGGAUUGGACAUAAAGGGGGCAUUUCUUCACGGUUUUGUUACUCUCACAGUGUGAGUAACCAGAUUUCUCUGACGUGAUCAGCCGCGUCAGCUCACAGCUAUAGCACCUGCCUUGUGUGUGUGUGGAUGGCAUCUAUUUUGAGGCCUUAAAAGUAUUAGCCAAUCUGAUGCGGAGUUUUAAUUUUGUGAACUUAACUAUGAAACUUGUUACGUGACUCCUGUAAAGCACAUCUGCCUACUUUUGCACAGACACUUUUCCCUUCACACGGCACCUAACUGCAGAUUAUGUGGAGAUUAUUUUUUUUACAAUGUACCAGGCUCCAGCCAAUUGGACUAGUUUGCCUGUCUGCGUACCAUUAAGCAGUUUGUAGUAGUAGUUGCGGAAGGCUCUGAUACUCAGGCAAAGCAGCCAAGGGGUUUUCUUUGUUAUUAAAAUAAAAAAAAAAAGCACAGAGAUCCACAUCAAGUCAUUUCUCUCCUUUCACAAAUGCACAUACUAACUCACUCCUUUACUUUCACAUAACCUGCAGAAAUAUGGCCAAAGUACACAUUGCAUAUGUUUUUACAGGUAUUUGUGUGUACAGUCAAACCUCUUCUUACAUCCGCCUCUGCUCGCGUCUGUUUCGCCCAAUGUCCGCUGCAAACCCAGAAGUAACCGGCAGGUUUGCCGCCGUUUGUGCAUGCGCAGGAGCGGCGAUUGCCGUUCGCAUAUGCGCAGGAGCAGGCAAUUGCCAUCCGCGCACAACGGUGCCUCUCCCAGCGACCCGUUUCGACUUCCAGCCGGGCUCAGGAACGGAUUGUGGUCGUGAGUAGAGUCUUUUUUGGCACGGCGGGUGGGGAGAAUUGAGCGUAGUUCCAUCCCACCAUCACAAUUCCACGAUGCAAAAAAGGGGCGUUACUCUAUUGCAGACAUUUUGUAAAGUAUACAUUUGGCGUGCACGUUCUUCGCACCUAUGCAACAUAGGUUUCUCUUCAUUCACAGAUGGAAAUGCUCACAGAUUGCCUGUUCAGCCCCACCUUCCUCCAUGUUAAUUCAUGCACACAUACCUCAAAGCACAGCACAUAUACAUUCACAGACCCCAUUUAUAUACACUGCCUCUUCAGGCAUGCUUUUUAACGCUUUCGUCCUGUUGAUUCAUUGCAUUCGCUCCAUAGAGAAGCAACGAAGACCAGUAUGUCCUCUGCUGCUUCCUUCUUUCGCUGCACAGCUUUAGAUGUUCAUCAAAAGUAGCAACAAAGGAAAUGCAAGCGACUUGCUUCUGCUCUAGUAGUUUUCAUGUGAAAGGGAGAUGCGGGCAUUGCCCGCUGCAAUCUCCUUGGCACAGAGAGUGCGUCUCGAUGUCGCACAAGACCAAGAAACAGCAACAGAGGACAAGUCUUUCUUUGUUUACUUGGAUAGUUUUGUUUCGAGACCACUACUUUCAUUACUGCUUCGGGCGACGAGCCGCUCGCAGAAAAUCACUGUGGAGCAGAGCAAUUGCGAUCAAUACUCCUUGCACUUCUCUUUUGUUUUGCUCUGCUCUAGAUCAUACGAAUUUCAGUAUUAUACCACGUUUUAAACUAAAACAAAAACCCUAAUGGACUAAAGGGCCAUUUUUUCCAGUAUUUUAUAUAAUCUGUGUACACGUGUUCUCAUGUUUUAUUAAUGGCCUUUUCAGACCUAUAUACAUUUUAUUAACCUCAAUGUUUUUCCAAGUUUCUUACCAAAAUGCAAUAUUUUACUCAGCGUAUGUAGCCUUUUAGAUAGGGACGUUCUAUGAAGGGCAGGAAGCAGACAGUUCUGUCCAGUGAGAAUUGUGGGUGUGGCACAGUAGAAUAUUAUGACUUAUGCAAGAGCAACAACAAACAUCUUCCAACUUUUGUUACUAAUAGCUAGGUACUUAUUGACGUAUUGUGCUGUAUUGUUUAUUUUAAUAUUCAUCUUUGUAAUAUAAUAUGAAAUGUACGAUAUCGUUUGUAUUUUAGAAUCUGUAAAUAAAUGUCUUCUCUAUGAUACUUCAGCCGUCUGGUUGAGUUUCCCUUCCUCCUUUAUUUUUUAUUAUUACUUACUAAAUUUAUAUACUCAUCUAUCUUUCAUAGCUGUGGCUUUACAGGAUAAGUGUAAAUGUCAGCCUGUACCUUGAAAGUAGGAUAUCCACUUGCAAAGGCUGCCAAACCGAGUGGGGUAGGACUGACAUUAAAUAACAUUGCUUUUCUGGAAAAGUGACGUGUUCGAAGAACUCCCACAAGGCCCCAUACAUGAGAGGUUUGUC